AUGCCCGCCCUCAAGAAGCGCAAGCUCAGCGGUGAACCCGCUGAGGCGAAGUCCAAGGCGACCGCUGCCUCCACCCGCGACGCUCCCUCCACGAAACACAAGGCUGAGCCUACGAAGCUUGCCGAACCCAACUCCGACGAUGCGCAAAGCGAUGCCGAAGAAUCUUCCUCCGGGGAAGUGGAAGCAACCCAGGGCGAACAGGCGCGCAAGAGCUUCAGGGACCUUGGUAUCAUAGAGGAGCUCUGCAACAGCUGUGAAGCUCUGGGCUUCAAAAGCCCGACUCCCAUCCAGGCCGAAUCGAUCCCGUUGGCUCUUCAAGGACGGGAUCUGAUCGGUCUAGCCGAGACUGGUUCAGGAAAAACAGCAGCUUUUGCGCUACCUAUCCUUCAAGACCUCAUGGAGAGACAACAAAAGCUUUUUGGUCUGAUCUUAGCACCUACUCGCGAACUGGCGUACCAGAUCUCGCAACAAUUCGAGGCACUGGGCAGCCUGAUCGGUGUUAAGUGCGCAGUUCUGGUCGGCGGUAUGGACAUGACGCCACAGCAGAUUGCUCUAGGAAAGAACCCACACAUUGUCGUCGCCACUCCCGGCCGUCUGCUUGACCAUCUUGAGAACACCAAGGGCUUCUCUCUGAAGCAGCUGAAGUAUUUGGUCAUGGACGAAGCAGACAGGCUGCUAGAUCUCGACUUCGGGCCUAUCAUCGACAAGAUCCUCAAGGUCUUGCCAAAGGAGGGUAGACGGACCUAUCUUUUCUCGGCCACUAUGAGCUCGAAGGUCGAGAGCCUCCAAAGAGCCAGUUUGAGCAAUCCUCUCCGGGUGUCUAUCUCCAGCUCCUCCCACCAGACAGUCUCGACCCUAAUCCAACACUACCUGUUCGUUCCCCACAAGCACAAGGAUCUCUAUCUCAUCCAUCUGCUUAACGAUAUGAUCGGCCACCCAACGAUCAUUUUCACGCGCACUGUCAACGAGACACAGAGGAUCGCAAUCUUGCUUCGAACAUUGGGCUUUGGCGCCAUCCCUCUUCAUGGCCAACUCUCCCAGUCUGCAAGAUUGGGUGCGCUCGGAAAGUUCAAGUCAAAGUCGCGGGACAUUCUCGUCGCUACCGACGUUGCUGCUCGUGGUCUUGACAUUCCGAGCGUCUCAUACGUCAUCAACUACGAUCUGCCUCCGGACUCAAAGACGUAUGUUCAUCGCGUUGGACGUACUGCCCGUGCUGGAAAGUCAGGUAAAGCUAUUUCUUUGGUCACGCAGUAUGAUGUGGAGAUCUGGCUGCGCAUCGAGACGGCGCUGGGUAAGAAAUUGCCCUCAGAGACGGUAGAGAAAGAAGAGGUUAUGAUCCUCGCUGAGCGUGUUGGCGAGGCUCAGAGGGCUGCAGUCAGAGAGAUGAAGGAUUUGCACGAGAACAGAGGCAAGAAGGGCAGUGUACUCCGUGGGAGGAGAGGCGGUGGGAAGAGAGGCCGUGACAACAUGGACCAGGAAGAGGGUUGA